UGUGUGUGUGUUCGCAGCAGAAUCUUUUUUUGAGUGUGUCAUAUUCCCCCUCGGUGGAUCUAAUUGGUGAGUAGACAUUUAUAUGGUUUAUUCACACCACGUUUGUUUAAGUGGUGUCUAUUUUUUAAUUUACUUUUACAUCUUCAAUAUUACACUAGCGUAGAACAUGAGUUUUAAAGAUUGUUAAUAUUUAAAAAUUGUUUUUAUUAAGGUGGAGACAAGAACAUCAAACAGGGGAAACACAGACGCCUCCUUUAGCAGUUGCUCAGCUCCAGAAGAGACGUCCAACGUGCCUGAGGAGGAGAUGUUCUUUUAUAGACUGGUGCCUGGAUCACUGGUUUGGGCCCGGCAAAGUGGCUGUCCCUGAGAGGAAGAGAGAAAGGAAGAAGAGCAGAUGGGUGACAGAGGACAAGGCGUACAGAGCGGGUGAGAACAAGAAAAGAGUGAAGAAGAAGAAGAAGAAGCUGAAAGAAAGAAAUGAGGGCGAGAAAGAACAGAAAGGUCGUAAAGAGAUAUCGCACCAUUAACAUUUCAACUGGCUGUUUGUCUCUCUUUAUUUCUUGUAUGUUCUCUGUCUCUCUCUCUGUUUUCUAGAUUUGAUUGAUGGUGUACCUGUGAAAGAAGGAAAAGAGAAAAAUUCUCACACGCCUACAUUCUCUCUGAAGAAAAAGAAACAACACAAAACAGACAGAUAUGAACAGGAAAUAGGGGAAGAGAGGAAAUGGGCCCUAUUGUUUCAGUGUCCGAGAGAGAGACAGACUGGGAAGGCGUGUUUGUAGUGAAAAACAUGUGAAAAACACUUUUCAUCUAGAGAAGGAGAGAGCCGAUGAAUGUUUCUUACCUCGAGGACUUACUGCAAUAAGAGAGAGUAUCGAGGGUGUGUGUGAGAGAGAAUGGCCCCAAGGCCAUCUUCAGGUGAAUUAUGGGGUCUACACCUGAUGCCCCCCCGUAUUUUGGUGGAUUGCUGUUUACCCAAUGGGAUGCUCGUCAGUCUGGAGUGUUUACGUGAAGCUCCACUCAUCAGUAUCAAACAGCAGCUUUUCACAGAGGCCCGCAAAUACCCCCUCUACCACCUCCUGCAGGAGGAGUCUUGCUACAUCUUUGUGGGUGUGACUCAGGAGGCAGAGAGGGAGGAGUUUUAUGAUGAAACACGGCGACUGUGUGACCUUCGACUUUUCCAUCCUAUCCUAAAGGUCAUCGAACCUCUUGGCAACCGAGAAGAGAAGAUCCUCAACCGUGAGAUCGGCUUUGCAAUAGGCAUGCCAAUCUGUGAGUUUGAGCUGGUGAAGGACUCGGAGGUGCAGGACUUCAGGAGGAGCAUCCUGAGUGUGUGUAGGGAGGCAAUGGAGGAGCGUGAAGGAGGAGGACCACACACUCAUGCUCUGUACGUUUACCCCCCCAGUGUGGAGUCAUCACCGCAACUACCACAACACAUCUACGCCAAACUCGACAAAGGGCGUUUGAUUGUGACGAUCUGGGUGGUGGUGUCUCCAUCUAAUGCUAAGCAGAAGUACACGCUGAAGAUCGCUCACGACUGUGUGCCGGAGCAGCUGAUCGCUGAGGCCAUCAGGAAGAAGACACGCAGUAUGCACCUGUCGGCUCAGCAGCUUCGUCUGUGUGUGCAGGAGUACCAGGGACAGUACAUCCUCAAGGUGUGCGGCUGUGAUGAGUACCUGCUGGAGAAGUACCCACUCAGCCAGUACAAGUAUAUCCGCAGUUGUAUCAUUGUGGGGAAGUUGCCACACCUCAUGUUGGUCAGUAAGGACAGUGUGUAUGAUCAGUUGCCCUGCAGUGGCUUUGUUACUCCAUCGUACAGCCGCCGCACCCCCCAGCCGAGCCCAAGCCCCGCAGGAGGUGACCCCACUAACCCCCGCUCACUCUGGGCCUUCAACACUCACACUCCGCUCCGCAUCAGGCUCAUCUGCGCCACCUAUGUCAACGUCAACAUCCGAGACAUUGACAAGAUCUACGUGAGGACUGGUAUAUAUCAUGGAGGAGAGCCUUUAUGUGACAAUGUCAACACACAGAGGGUUCCGUGUUCCAACCCCCGAUGGAAUGAGUGGCUGAUGUAUGAUAUUUCUCUGACUGAUCUCCCACGUGCUGCUCGUCUCUGUCUCUCCAUCUGCUCUGUCAAGGGUCGCAAGGGGGCUAAAGAGGAGCACUGUCCCCUGGCCUGGGGCAAUGUCAAUCUGUUUGAUUAUAAGGACACUCUGGUCAGUGGUAAAGUGGCUCUGAGUCUGUGGCCUGUUCCACAUGGACUAGAGGAUCUGCUCAAUCCCAUCGGUGUGGCAGGAUCCAACCCCAACAAGGAGACUCCAUGUGUAGAGUUGGAGUUCCCCUCCUUUAAUCACACAGUGGUUUUUCCUGAUGAACAGCAGAUCGAGGAACAUGCUAACUGGAUCAUCUCCCGAGAGCUGGGAUACAACUACUCUCUCAGCCUGAGUAAUCGGUUGGUGUGUGACAGCUCCAUCUCUCAAGCAGAAGCUGAACAACUUCGUGCUCUCUGCAACCGAGACCCACUGUAUGAGCUCUCAGAACAGGAGAAAGACUUUCUGUGGAGACAUCGACAUUAUUGUGUGAAUAUUCCAGAAAGUCUUCCCAAGCUGCUUCUCUCUGUCAAAUGGAACUCACGGGAUGAGGUGUCACAGAUGUGUUGUCUGCUCCGUGAUUGGCCCCUCAUGCAGCCUGAGUCAGCUCUGGAGUUGUUGGACUGUAAUUUUCCUGACCCGACGGUGAGAGAAUUUGCUCUGCGCUGCCUCAUGCAGGGACUCACUGAUGACAAGAUCAGCCAGUACCUACUGCAGCUCGUCCAGGUUCUAAAGUAUGAGAUGUAUCUGGAUAAUCCUCUCGCUCGGUUCCUUAUUAAGAAAGCUCUGACCAAUCAGAGGAUAGGACACUUCUUCUUCUGGCACCUGAAGUCAGAAAUGCACAAUAAGACAGUGUCUCGGCGGUUUGGUUUGCUCUUAGAGGCGUUCUGCAGGUCAUGUGGUAUUUACCUGAAACACCUAAACAGACAGGUGGAGGCCAUGGACAAGCUGGUGAACAUCACUGACAUGCUGAAACAUGAGAAGAAGGACGAGACGCAGAAGACCCAGAUGAAGUUCCUGGUUGAACACAUGUCCCGUCCUGAUUACAUGGAGGCUUUGCAGGGAUUUGUCUCUCCUCUGAAUCCUGUACAUCAACUGGGUAACCUCAGGUUGGAGGAGUGCAGGAUCAUGUCUUCAGCAAAGCGUCCUCUUUGGCUGAACUGGGAGAAUCCUGACAUCAUGAGUGAACUUCUCUUCACCAACAACGAGAUUAUCUUCAAAAAUGGAGAUGACCUGAGGCAGGACAUGCUGACUCUACAGAUCAUUAAGAUCAUGGAGAGCAUUUGGCAGAAUCAGGGACUCGACCUGCGGAUGUUGCCGUAUGGGUGUCUCUCUAUCGGAGACUGUGUGGGUCUGAUUGAGGUGGUGAGAAACUCCUUCACUAUAAUGCAGAUUCAGUGUAAAGGGGGCCUGAAGGGGGCGCUGCAGUUUAACAGUAACACACUGCACCACUGGAUCAGAGAGAAGAACAAGGGGGAGAAUUAUGACAGAGCUAUUGAUCUGUUCACUCGUUCGUGUGCUGGUUAUUGUGUAGCCACGUUUAUCCUUGGAAUUGGAGAUAGACACAACAGCAACAUCAUGGUCAAAGAGAACGGACAGUUGUUCCAUAUAGACUUUGGACAUUUUCUAGACCAUAAGAAGAAGAAGUUUGGUUAUAAGCGUGAGCGUGUCCCCUUCGUCCUCACACAGGAUUUCCUCAUCGUCAUCAGCAAAGGAGUGCAGGAGUGUACCAAGACCAAGGAGUUCGAGAGGUUUCAGGAGAUGUGUUACAAAGCGUACCUGGCGAUCCGUCAACACGCAGGUCUCUUCAUUAACCUGUUCUCGUUGCUGUUGGGCUGUGGGAUGCCUGAGCUGCAGAGCUUCGACGACAUCGCCUACCUGAGGAAAACCCUUGCUCUGGAGAAGAGCCAGCAGGAGGCACUGGAGUACUUCACCAAGCAGAUGAAUGAUGCCCACCAUGGUGGCUGGACCACCAAGAUGGACUGGAUCUUCCACACUAUCCGGCACAUGCCCAAUGAGCACUGAGACAUGCACACAAAGACAGACACACACACUUCAGGACUGCUCUGGAGAACUUCAGGAGCAGUGAGGAUUCUUAGAACAGCUUCAGGAGGUUGGUUGGAGCCUUUGACGCACAUUUAUUAAAUGAACACACACACACACACACACACACAAACAAAACUUUCCUGCACUAAUAUUACAGCACUGCACUAAGUAGGGAUGAUAGUCACUACAGAUUUACAGAAGAACUGAAUAUGCACAGUUAUUAUGCACACACACACACACACACACACAAACACAAGCACAAAUACAGCUGCACUAUGUAGGGACCAUAAAUAGUGAGUGUAAUAAGUGAAUUCUGAAAUUCACACUUGAAGUUUAUCUUCCUUUUGCUGAUGAUGACAUGCAAAAAGCUCUUCUCCAUUCAGCUACCACUAAUUCUGCACUAUAGGUCCUCAGGGUUACACAAGGGUCAAAGGUCAAGCUUUGGUGUCAAAACUGAGGCCAAAAUCUGCCUCCAGCACGCACGUCCCAUAAUGCACUGCAAACCUGAAAAAAACUGAUAUGCUUGAGUAGCACGAUCAAGAGGAUGUGACAGUCUUCCUCAGUAAACUCUUACUACACUUUUAGGAAUAAUGCAACAUUAACAUUCGUGUGAAAGAGCUUUAAAACCAGCGUCACUGUGAAAUCAAUCCAAUCUUCUGACCGGCUCAGAACAAGCGCUGAACAAUCAAACAUAUCGAUCAAUCAUCCUGUCUAAAGCCUCACAUGAUGCUGAAAUAAACUCAUGAGCUUCAUUUGUUAGAAUUGUUCCCAGACCUACGCCUCCUACAGAGUCUGACUCUAAAACACUUAAAGGCUAAAAUGUGUGUAACUUAUUUAUCCAUUAAAUCUCUUUCUAAAUUAAAAGCUUUGAAUUGUAUUUUCUAUUUAAAUGGAAAAAAUCCUAUUAAUUUAAAUAACUAAUUUAUAAAUCUAAGUCAGUAAUUAACUUGUAAAAGCAAGCUAAAAGAGAAAUUAGUUUAUAGUUGUUAUUGUAUUUGACAUCAGUCAGCAUUUCACACCUGUACGCUGCAAUCAUCUUUAUAAAAGGAAAAAAGCCUCAGUUGUAAAUCAUAUUUGCACAAUUAGUCAUUAAUAACUCAGGUGUUGAAUGAAAAACAAUGUCCUUCAAUCUAUCUUAUUGAUGAAUCGAUCAUCUUUCUAAUAUUCCAGCUUCAUUUCUUCUUUUCCUCUCUAAACGAUAGUACUUCCACCCGAAACCAAGCUUACUGAACUCUAUUCUAAAAAAAAAUAAUUCUGGUUUUCUUUAUAAAAUACAAGGAUGAGGGGAAACUUUGACCUAAUUUACAUCAUUCAACAGCAUCUUAAAUGCUCACGUCAUGACGUUCACACAAGCUCCAUUUUAGUCUUGUCUGUGGCAGGCCAUGCAUUUCACACCUAGGCCUUCACUGGUGUCCUUCCUGAAUUAAUCCACCUCUAUACCAUCAUUAUGACCCCACGGCAAUAGAUACUAAUCAACUGUUAAAUAGCAAAGUAAAAAAGAAAUUAGGCUACAGUAUUUCGCACCUCACAAGGAAUAGUCAAUUUUAUUACAGUCUGCCUUGAAAAUGCAUUUGUAAGGAUGUCUGUGACCAAAUCGAUUUCUUCUCCUCUGUCAGCCAUUGUGAGUUAAAAUGUAUAUAUUUUAUUUGGUUUGUGCGAUUCACUGCCUCUGACUACUCCAAUUAUCCAAUCAAAGGACGGGAAAUUGCUGACGUAAUCGUAUGCCUGCUAGACGGCCCCAGUGACGCCAACUCCAAUGUCAUUGCCACUUAUUUUAAGCUACGGGCGCCUGCACUAUUGAUCCUGAAGGCCUUAAGGCAGAUUUCUUUCACUCUGGGAACACAUGAUGUCAUCCACUGGCUGAAAUAUGAUUGGAUAAAUACUCUUAUCAUAAAUAUACACUACUGGAAGCAGCGCAACCAAGAGAAAAGCUAUGAAAUGUAGAGAAUAGACUAUUGGGAAUAAUUGAAUACACAUUCAUGGAAAAAUAUAUUAAAUAUAUUAAAAUCCAAGUCAGUGAUUCAGAUCACUGCUGUUUAGGCCAGCAGAGAAGGCCUUGCUGGCCCUGACGGCCCACCACUGAGUCUUGUAGAUGUCACAAAACUUGUAAAUGUGACAUUAUUACGCUUAUUUCCAGCACAUUCUGACUGACCAACGAUCAUUUUUUUUUUUUUAGAUCUAAGCUUUAAUUUACAUUUUUUCUUUAAAAAUUACACCUUUAAAGGUUCCAUAACUUGUAUAAACUGAGAAAAUCCAGAACACUGAAAAAAUCAAGCAUAAGCCAAUAAAAUGAACUAACUAUGUUUUAAAUCAUGGUGCUGAUGUCACUGUAAGAGGUUAGAUUGCUAAUUUACUUGUUGGAAUGUACAUAUUUGAAGUGUUUAUGUUGUCUAACAUCCUGUAGCAUGACUGGUUUGUCUCGUGUGCAUUUAGCUUGAACAGAUAAACGGGUAUUGACCAGAGUGCGUUUCCAUGGUUACAGCAUUACCCGCCAGUUAGAGUUUAGUUUCUGGGGUUUAUUCGAGUAGAGUUUUAGCUUUUAUGUUGUUGGGAGGUUCAUGCUUUCUUGUCAAACUUAAUAAAUAAGUAGAAUUCUAAAUAGUAGGGAUGUAGCUGUGUAUUUUUUUGUGGUGUGAUGAUCACCUGAAUCAACAGUCUCUAUCACCAACUCCACAUUUCACACAUUCAACUCAUUUCUGCCUCAAACCUUAAAACAAACUACACUACAAAUGAUACAAUUAAAUACAGGCC